AUGAAACUCGUCUGGUCCCCUGAACCAGCACUGAAGGCAUAUAUUGAAACAGUUAAAUCAUGCGAGAUUUUUCAAGAAUCCAGCGUAGCUGAGCUUGUAUCAGCUAUGGCAGCAGGAUGGAAAGCGAACCUUAUUGUAGAAACAUGGUCGCACGGGGGAGUUAUUGCUACAAGCAUCGGCCUAGCUAUUGCUAGCCGCCAUGCUGGUGGAAGACAUGUUUGCAUAGUACCUGAUGAACGAUCAAGAACAGACUACGCAAAAGUCAUGGGAGAGGCAGGGAUGUUACCUGAAAUCAUAGUUGGGGAACCAGAAGAGGUUACGGAAAGGUUGGAUGGGAUAGACUUUCUGGUGGUCGAUUCACGGCAAAAGGAGUUUGCUAGGGUAUUGAGGCUUAUGUGCUCUUUCUCACUCACAUCUCUCCCUAAGGCUUACCAUGAUAGGAACUAG